AUAUUAUUUGUAAAUGUAAAGAGAAUCAUUAAUGAGAGUAUGUCAAGUAACGGUGAUUAGAGCGAUAAGUGGAUUCUACUGUGUCUCAGUUUAUCUGGAUUGAUUGAAAAUCUUGUAUCUGAUCCGGGAAUGGACUUUGCAGAAACCAUGAAAAAUAUUGUUGCCAAAGGUAUGCAGUCUGAAAUGGGGCCACCAGGUGGAGGAGCUGGUUUUCCUGGCACACCAAGUAGCAUUGGUUAUGUUACUGAAAAAAUGUACGCUUUAUUGCAAGCGUAUCUCCAAAAUAAAGGUUGGAAUCCAAGCAUCGAACUUCUACAAUGUUUUUCAGAAUUUAAGGAUGCAUCAAUGAUUCCAAGCGCUGCUUACUUGCAGAUGAUGGCGACAAGGAUAGCUUUGGACUCUCAAGGACGACUAGUUCUUAGAGAAAAUGGAAAAAUAAUAUUGCCCUAUGAACAUUUUGCAAAUGCUGUGAUGUUAAAGCAUACAAAUGGUCCACAUGGUUUACAUUUAGGGUUAGAAGGCACGGUUAGGGCUGUUAUGGAAUCGUACACUAUAGGACGAGAAUGUUUUGGUAUGGAAAAAGAAUUUAUAAUAGAAGUGGUACAAAAUUGUCCAAAUUCUGCUUGCAUUUAUUAUAAAAAUCAACUUGAGUUAUCAAAAAAAAUGGGACAUAUGACUCCAACUUAUAUUCAAGAUAAUGAGACAACAGCUUCUCUUUUACGUAGUAGAUUUCCUCAUAAUACAGAUUUUCAGGCAACUUUAAGCAAUGCUAAUCCAAAUACUCAUAUGGGAGGAGCGUCUGCAACAGAUUUGGCAGAAAUGAGAAGUGCUGGAAACCAAAUGAACCUUCAACGACCUCCAAGCCGUCCAUCAUUAAAUAUUCCACAUCGAUCUGUAUCACAAGAAAAGAAAGUAACUAGUGGGAAACAACACUAUGAAUCUCUAGUAUCAACUAUUUCAAUAUCUGAUCACAAAUUAACAGACUUUUUAAGAACAAAUUUAGAUAAUUUGGAUAAUCUCAGUGGACUUGGAUUAGGAAAUCUACAAGGAUUAGGAAAUGCAAACAAAGACUUGUUAGCUUUACAUAAUGGAGCUUGGCCAUUAGAGAAUGAAAAAGGAAAUCGCUCAUUUUCAAAUUCAGAAGGUGGGCAAGAAAAGAUAGUAAGGGCUUUUGCAGAAGUAAUGAAGAAUAUGGCAAGAAUGAAAGCUUGUGUGCGUCCUGCAAUGUGUAAACCUUAUGGAAAACAGUCAGAGGCUUUGCAGAAAACAUUGGUAGAUACAAUACAACUUGUACAAUCACUGCGAAGUUUCUUGCCACCACCACAUAUUCCUGUAUCGAGCUGGAAAAACGAAGACAAACAUCGAUUAGACCAUACGAGUACUCCUUACCUUCCACCAUUAAAGACUGGAGGUUUAGAAGAAUUGUGUGAACAACGCAAGUUAGAUUAAACAAUGUCUUCGCUUUUUAAUCAUUAAGUCAGGUUUUGUCUUUGCGCUCUAUGAUGUUCUAGUCAUGUGGUGUUUAUAGGUUAGAUGGGUGUUUUGUAUUUAAAAAAACCCAAAGGAUUGCUCAAAUGUUGUUGGCGUUUAGGACUUCAAAAUACUAAGGGAUAAAAUGAGUCAUGCGUGGACUGUGAUAAAUGAGGGUAGUUAAAGUUUUAUAUAUAGUCAAUUGAAAUUCAUGCUGCUGUUUUAAAAUUAAAUAUUUGAUAUGUUCUUUUUUUCUAUGAUUUGUGUGUAAUGUAUAUAAUCUGCCUAUAGAGUUUAUUUAAUAACUGAGUUAGUUGAUCUUGAACCAGCUCUAUCAUAAAUAAUUUACAUAUUUUGAAUACAUAUAAAACUGCAUUUAUAUUUUAUUGUUGUAUGUAUAUUAAUUUAAUAACCCACCAUUUGUGUUCCAAAGAUUACCUGAUUAGUAUUGUAUUAUAAAAAUUAUAUAUUACAGCAGUAAAUUUGCAUAUUUACUAAAAGUUUGAAUGAACUUCAGUAAGGAUCAAAUUUAGUGUUAUAAGUAUACAAGUUUAAAAUGUUAUUAAUAUUUUAAAUAUGAGAAAGUAAGUAAUUAUUCGUAGUUAAUAUUAUAUGAUCCUGCAUUAUUUUAUUUUUGAAUGUGCUUUAAAUAAUUAUAAUGUAUAUAAUUGUAAAGUAUUUUGAAUAUUUCAAUUGUCUGCAAUUAUGAUAAAAGUGUUGAGGUAUAAUAAAUUCUCAAUUUUAUAGGAAUAUUUUCAUUUAACCUGAUUACAAAUUAUUGUUUAUUUCGUAAGGUUAAAUUCAAUAUAUAAUUGAUGAGAGUUAUGGAAAGUUAGCACGUUUUAUUUGUUUCAUGUAGGAGAAUAUUUUUGAGUUUAUUACGUAAAGUCAUUUCAUGAUUUUUAAACAAUAGCUGCAUACUGUUUUAUGAUGGAAGUGGCACAUUUGCAGUUAUGUUGCAAAAGCUAUUUUGUUUCAGCAUGUGAUCAUCUCAAAUUCUUGAAAUGCAUUUUAUACUGAGAAAUUAAAUCUCCCAAAAUAUUGUUCAUUUAAUAAUUCUAUAUAAUUGUUAAAAAGGAAAAUGUG